GUCAACAGUUCAUUGACGUUGCUUUGCAUUGCAAUUGCAGCAAGUUGCCGACGUCAACAGUCAACAACAUAAUCUGCAACGAAUAAUUUUCAAUAAACUAAAAGUUUCAUUUAUUACAAACUUUAAAGUUUAUAAUUAUAAAAUAAAUGUAUUAAACUGAAGACUAAAAAACGAUAUCUUCGUAUAGCAAAAUCAAAAGAUCUUCCAGAUAUGAUUUGUUGGUACUUGCCAAAAAUAAAAUUAUGGUUUUGUAAGUAAUAAUUAAAUCACUUUGGCACUGCAUUGACCUAAUGCGAUAGAAUUUAUUGUAGACUUCAUAUCACAAUCACAAACACCAUUUUUGUAUUGAGUAGAUUCCACGUAUUAGUGAUUACACUGUUAUCAUUUACUUUAGCCAUGAAAAUAAAAAAAUGUGUUAAGUUAUAUCUUUAGCAAAAAUCUAUUGACAAUUUUCGUAGUGAUUUAAUCAGUUAUUUUAUCGUUAAUUUUUUUAAUGUUUAUGUUAUCUUUAUCAAAGGUUCCUAUGAAUCCAACUGACACACCUGAGGAAGCUGUAGUCAAAUCAGAACUUGUUUUGGGUGACGAAGCAGUUGAACCUCAGGAAUUAGCAACGGCAGCCACACAACUUAAUAAGCCAGAAGACAUGGACAGUGAUGCAAAAAAAUCGAAUAAUCGAAGAUUUAAUAAUUAUGGAUAUGUUAAAUACGUAAGCUUGGUGAUAUUAACAGUACAAAAUGCAGCAUUGGGCCUUAGUAUGAGGUAUGCUCGUACUAGAGAUGUAGAAAUGUUUUCAUCAGCAGCUGCUGUUUUAAUGGCAGAAGUGUUUAAACUUGUAAUAUGCAUAUGCCUCGUUAUGCAUGAAUCUGGUGGUGUUGAAAAAGGGGUCCAAUCAAUGUACAAAAUAGUUGUAUUAAACAUUAGAGACACUUUAAGAGUAUGUGUGCCCUCAUUUCUGUACAUUGUACAAAACAACUUACUCUAUGUGUCCGCAUCCAAUUUAGAUGCUGCCACUUACCAGGUUACAUAUCAAUUAAAAAUAUUGACAACAGCAUUCUUUGCCGUUGUUGUAUUGAAAAGGCAGCUCAAAAAAUGGCAGUGGCUGGCAUUAGUUAUCUUGGCGGCGGGUGUCGCUAUUGUACAGUUGUCUUCAACAGAAAAAGCACAUGCUACAUCACAUUUACCAGAACAAUCCAAGAUCAUAGGAUUCAGUGCAGCUCUAGCAGCAUGUUUCUUAUCUGGUUUUGCUGGAAUAUACUUUGAGAAAGUACUUAAAGAAUCAGACAUAUCUGUAUGGAUGAGAAAUGUGCAAUUGAGUCUAUUAUCGUUGCCAUUUGGAACCGUUACUUAUCUUAUAAAUGAGGGAACACAAAAUAAUUUAUUGAAAGGCUUUGAUGGUUUUGUGUGGUAUCUAGUCUUAUUGCAAGCAGCGGGCGGACUCAUAGUUGCUGUGGUCGUUAAAUACGCAGAUAACAUAUUAAAGGGUUUUGCAACAUCAGUUGCAAUUAUCAUAUCAUGUGUAGCCUCCAUCUACAUAUUCAAUUUCAUCUUAACUGUACAGUUUGCAAUCGGCACAAUAUUCGUCAUAUUUUCAAUUUUCUUGUAUGGCUAUGUACCCAAGAAACCAGAGCCUCGGACUUCUUUAAAUGUAUGAUCACUUUUAUGAUAUAGGUUAAGCAAUCUGUAUAAAUUUUACUUUGCUUUAUAGUUAGUUUAUCACUAUUUUUAUAUUGCUUGCCUAUAUACACAAGACUUUAAAAUUAUUAAUCUUAAAGUAUUAUUAUCAGGGUAAAGUGGUUUAAUUACCUAACAAGAUUCAACACAGCCAUAACUAAGCUUUUGUUGGGCUUGCUGAGCUAUUAAUAAUCAUGAGAACCCAUUACAAUUAAGUUUAGAAAAACAAACAUUGAUUAAGUAUUUCUUGAUUAGACUAAGAUUCUGAUAAUAUAUUAAUUCAUACUUUUGUAGUAUAAAUAAUAAAUUAGUUAGAAAUGUAAUCAACUCAAUAAGUUAUAAGUAAUUGUAGUUGAUACUUUGGUACAUAGCAAUAAUAAUUUAUUUUUAUCAAAAUUGUGACUUAAAAUUAGUUUAGUUAUACCACAAAAUAUGUUUUAGAGGUAACUAAAAUAAUAUUUUGAUAAAAAACGGUAGGUAAAUAUAACAAAAGAUUAAAGAAUAAAGUAAAAAAAGAUUCUAUGCUAAUUUAUAUUUCUAAAUAAUGAAAUUAAUAAAUGAUGUACAACUUAAUAUGAAUUUAUAAUCUUUCUCUUCCUCAUUUGUUCCAGCCAAUUAGCAAGUUGUUGUUGUGGUGUUUGUGGAUUUCUCUUGUAAUAAUCUACUGGUGGUUUCCCCUCCUCCAACCUCACAAAAUAGUGACUGAACUGGUACCUCACUUCACCCAUACGACCUCUGGCAUGUCUUCUUAUUCCCUUGAUUACCAUUCCCUUACCAGAAAAAGAUUCAGCUAAAAAUAAGUUACACAUUAUUUUAGGAUAUGGGU